CCAUAUCUAACUCUUACUUUACAGCCAUUUUGAAAACGAAUUCCCCUAUUAUUAUUGAAAUCGGACACAUUAUUUGUACACAUUUAACAUUUAUAUUUUUGAUGGCGGGCAACAUGACAAAAACGGCGGCACGAGGGUCUCAUAAAAUGAACUGAAGUAGCCUCUUUCAGUAGGCUCUAUCUCGCCUCUCCCUCUGUCAGAGUUGAUCAGUUUUCAAUUGCGUCUUCUUUAUCGGAUUUUAAAACUGCCACACCUUUAACAGCUAUAUAAUUGAAUUAGGUAACCAUGUAGACUAUUUCAAAGUCUACCUGACCUGAAAUAAUUUACUUUCGACAUCACAGCUUUUCCCCUUCGACCGCUGCAUCUGCCAACAAAAUGAUACAAAUAAUUAUGGUUAUGAUUUUUAAACUUGUCCUUGCAAGUCAUACGAUAACAAAAUAAUUUUUACAAAAUGGAAAUAUGAAUGUUUAGUGGCGUAAUGGUGUAACAAGUUGAUACACAGUUCCAGGAUCCAAUGACGAAGACAAACGGCGUGUGAUGAAGACGGAGGAGGGCUGUGCUUUAAACGCUGAACGGAAGACCUGGAUAUCGAAACUUAAGAGGUUGAGCCUGCGAAGGACCUCACUGACUGACCUUCGUCUAAAAGGUCUGAUUUGGAUUCCAGAUUCAGGAUCACAAAGAAGAAGCUGUUGGGUUUUACUGUUUAAAGCAGUGCAAAAAUGUCAUUUACACGUGAGCAAUUUUAUAAUGAGGCAAUCAGGCCGAAUUUGGCUCUUUUUUCAAAAACGGUCAAAGUGAGAGAUAUCUUACCACACAUUCAAUGCCUGACACUCACUGAUAGGGAAGAGGUUGAAGCCAAGAGAGAAACUUCUGGAAACUCUGCUGCUAUGCAGACACUUCUGGACAAUCUACGGAGGCGAGAGAAAUGGCCUGAGCAGUUCAUCACUGCACUCCGUAACUGUGAACAUUGGGAACUUGCUGAUGAAAUAAGUGCUACUUAUGACAGGAUCAGGGGCAUCACAAAUAACGCUGCUCCUACACCUAGACAAGCACCUGCUCAGGCUCCUUCUUAUACUUCAGCUGGUGCCACAACAACCGUUACCACAGCAACAAUUCAUACAGUCCCAGCAAAUGCUCUUCCACCCUCAAGGGUAGCCCCAGCAAGUUCAACUGCCCCUACCAACACUGCAGCCCCAGAACCAUCUCCUGCUCCUGUUCUCCAGGUUCCAGAGACACAGCAGGUGCAGAAUCCGCCUACUCCAGUUCAAGCACCUUCUGCUGAACCAAUUUCCCAAGCUAAUAUCGUACCUCCUUCCCAACCAACUCCCCCUCCUGCAGCCUCAGUUUCAAAAGUGCCUUUACCUGUUCAGCAAAAUGUCACAACCCACACAGGGGCAGUUGAGAACAAAACACCUGUUUUAGAAAGUUCAGAUGGCUUGGCUUUAACAGAACAAACCACCAUCUCCUCAUCAAAUGGUGAAGGUCUCCACUCCACCUCAAAUGUAGACACUUCUACUUCUCAAAGCCAAAUGACAAAUCCUUACACCACCUCCCAAACUUCUCUGAAGAUAAAGAAAACCCAGGUGCCAUCAGAAGUCAAAUACAUUUACACUUCUGAGAAACUACCUGUCCAAGACACUCAUCCCUUUCUGAGAGUGGAAAGGACAUUUCAGGAGCCGGAAGAGAUCUCUGACCCAACUGCAAAUGAGGUUGUUCAAAGGAACAACACUGUUCGAUUGCCAGUUUUUAAUGCUCCAACAAAUUCUACCGGAACAGCUCAGGCAACACAUUUAGCACCUGCAGAGGUGGUUACGCACGUUCCCUCCAUCGACCAGGAAUAUUUCAGCAAACCUGGCAUCCUUGAGCAUCCAGAACUCCAUCAGAACAGACCAGUGGCUCUUCCUGUCUCGCAAGAUGAGCCUUGCUCAGUGGUUUCAGAUGAUUUGGAGAUCAGCAGAUCAGUGCAAGCAGCCGAGCCUUCUACAGAACCUGGACCGUCUACUAGUCUUGCAGACCAGAACUCUGCAUCCCUUGGUUCUGCUACUCAGUCCUUUCAAGACCCUCCAUACACCGCUGUUUCAUUGACCCUCAACGAGCCUGAGGAGGACCACUAUGAAUCUCUCUAUGACAAUCAUACACGGAUAAAUGUAUUUCAAUUUGCUGAAGAGCCAUCUACUGAAAAUAUGAAUGGUCAGCCACCAAACAUCCUGCAACGUAGCAGAGUCAUCUCUGAGGACAAUACCUUGAACUAUGUUGGCAAAGAAAGUGCGGUUUAUCGCUCUGAACCAUUUGGGCAUGACAGUAAGAAGUCAACCACCAUCAAAGUUCGAGAGGAAGAAUCCAGUGCUGCAAGGCCAGAGCAGAAAGGAGAGGGGUGCCCUGAGUUAUUCAGGAUAAACAAUGGCCACCUUAUUGCUGCAGCAGGGAUUGGUCUGUCUGCUUUGUUCUUGGCCUGGAAGUUCACCCACAAAUGAAAAUGUUGUCAUCAUGUACUCAUGUUGCAUGAAACCCAUAUGAGUUUUCUUUUUCGAAGCAAAAUGUCCAGACUGCUCUUUCCAUAAACAACAGUGGAUAAUGAUAACUGGUGCUGUGAAGCUCAGAAAAGGAUAAAACAUACAAUAAAAGUAGUCCUUAUGAUGUUUGUGCUAUAUACCAAGUCUUCUAUAAUCAUUCGAUAGCUUGCUGUGAGGAACAGACUAACAGUUGUCCAACAUAAUAUCUGUCACCUGUGGUUUAUCCUAAUGUAUUUAUUUUAAUGAGUGUGUAUACAGUAUAUAGGACUUAGUAAUCAUGGUUUGCCAUGUGCCUUACAUACAUAUGCCUUGUAUGCUAGGGCCGAUAAUGAAUUUGAAUGCCGUUGCACCUUUUUCACUGCUAUUAAAUGGAGUGUCAUGGAGCUUUAAAGUAAAUUGGAGAACCCAGCUUGACAGGCAUUUUAGUGUUCAACAAUUUGAUUUAUUGUUGAGUUGUGAGAAGUUGCAGGAAUACAUCCUGUGAGUGACAGACCAUGAAUGAACAGGAGCUGUUGCAUAACCUAACCUAUCGGACAUGUCUAAAAAGCUCAUUUGGAACAUCUUGUUUCUUAUAAAUCCUCAAUCACAGAUGCCUUAGUGAAAAUUUUCUCCAUCACUGGGACAGUGUUCUGUGUAGUUUGAACCUGUAAGAGUCUCAAAGUGCACAUACACACACAAGAACACUGUCCGCUUUUGAUAAAAAUCAAAUGUAUUCUCCUAAUGCCUUCUGUAAGAAGGUCCAAUAGUGGAGAAACUGUUAAGAUAUGUUAAGCUAAAUGCAAGCAUAACCAAGUGCCCCAUGUGUGAAAAUGUAAAGUUUAUAUUGUUUAUAAUGCUGAUAUAUAAGUGUUGUGUGCAGAAGUGUCCAAGUACAGUGCACAACAGUAAUACUUUUAGUUGAAAAAUAUCAUUUUUGACUCUUUUAUUGAACACUGUAUUCUAGGCAUAUAUUCAGUAUGCAUUCUCUGAGAUUCAAACUCAUGUUCUUUGGGGUUGAUAGUGGCAUUGCCCUAUCGUUUGAGCUGCAGAAACAACAUGAAAAGAUUUGUGCUAUUAGCAUAAAGUUAUCUGUGUAAGGGUAACGUUAAACAGCUACACAUUGUAAGUAAAGAUUGUGAAUGACUGAAUGAAUUAGGUAUACACUUCAAAUGUAAUCCAUGUCAUUUUUAAUCAGCAACUGCACUUUAUUCACACAUUAAUGUAAAUGAUUGAACCUGGUUUUAAAUGCACUUGUUAUGUUACUCCUGAUCCUUUAUUUGGGCCUGUAUGUUUGCUAGAUACAGUUUUCCAGGGGAAUAUGUGUAUCUACGCUUAACUGUUUCGCUUUCUGUGUACUGGUUAAACUUGAUCAUGCAUUGUCAUAAUGAUUUCCAUAAUUGUUUCUGAAAUAAAAUAUCCUACCUUGA